CGUCGCUCCUCGUCCUGCAAUGGAUGCUCUGCAAGGCCACGACACGCCCGCCGCGGCACACGCCAGACCACGACGGGCCUGACCGCGAUCAGCCAGAUGCUUGCAUGUUCGUCGGCCCACGAUCCAUGCCAUGCCAUACCAUGUCCGUCCCGUGGCCGUGGCCCCGCCGGCCUGCAGGGCGCCUCACCAUCACCCAUCGUCAACCACCCGUUGCCCUCGACCAUAAGAGAGCCGCCCUUCGCCUGCUCUCUUCGUCCUGUUCUGGCCUCUCCUCCCCAGUUCAGCCUUUCUCUCUUGUCCACCGCCUGCCUUUCGCCUUUGUCUUUCCUGCUUGCUUGCUUGCUUGCUCGCUCUCGCCCCAGGCCUCGUCCGGAACAAGGCCGCCUGUGCAACAACAACAUCAUCAUCCCAGCGCCAACCAACCAGGGAGCCGGUCCUCCUUGUUCGACGCCUAAUUACCACCCGCCCACAUCACAAACCUCGACAUGGCGUCCUUGACAGCAGACAUGUCGGCCUUUGACUUUGUCUUCCCCUCGUGCGAGCCCUCCACUCCGCCAAGCUUCUCCUUCGACCCGUCCUACUUCGAGAUGCCCGUCCACGGCUACGACAGCAACACUGCCAUCGACUUCCACAGCAACAGCAGCAACAACAACAACAUGAUGAUGAUGUCAAUGAUGGUCAACCACAACACCAACAACACUGCCAGCUCUCGCGGACAUUCUCGGUCCGGCUCCCACGCCUCCUUCUGCUCCUCCACCCUCGAGUCGUCGCCAUCCGACUCGCCCAGCACCCGCGCCAGCACCCCGGCCACCCGCUGCUCCACGCCGCCUGUCCGCCACCAUGGCCCUGUCCUUCUCCCCAAGAUCCGCUCCCAGGAUCAGAGCCUUGACCAGUCCCCUCCUAAGCGCGCCAGGACGUCCCCUGCCUCUGUCCAGAAGCCUCGCCGCCGCCAGCCCGCGUUCCGGCCCUCGCAUGCCCGCAGCUAUACCAACCCAGAGACCAUCAACAACUAUGCCGCCGGCGCCUUCUUCACUGCGCCCCAGGACGCCUCGCUCUCUCAGUCACUGCUCUGCUCUCCUGUCGUGUUUGCUCAAGACAGCUCUCUCAACGACUUCCAGACCUCGCGCCGGGCGUCCACCAUCAGCCUCGAUGGCGCUGCCCUCGACAAGUUUGGCUUCCCCACAUACCGCCAGAUGCCCUCAUACGUCGCCUCUGCCAUGUCCCAUCCGCAGAUGGACCAGUUCUCGUUCAACUUUGCGCACCGUGCCCCCUCUCCUCUGAGCAUGCCCUCGGUCACCCCGGAGCCUGCUGCCUCGACCACCCUCAUGGACUUCCUGACCACCCCCAACCCCACGCCCACCCUGGUGCGCUCUUUGUCCUACUCCCCCAGAGACCCCAACACCAAGCACUUCUGGUGGGAUGUGCGCCAGGUCCGCCCGUGGUCCUCCUUCAAGCUGGACACCAUCCUCUCCCUGCCGGGUGCCUCGGCGCUCCUGAACUGCCCCGUGCCUGAGCCCCUGCUACCCCAACCCGCUGCUGGGACGAGGCACCCAGAGACUGAGUCUGCCCUUCACAACAUCUAUGCGUCGUACUACGUCCCCAAGCUCAACUCUGCCCUUGCCGUGUCCUCCCAGCGCGCCAUGCAGUUCUCGUCCACGUCCUCCAAGUCCGGCAACGCCAGCGAGCAAGUCUUCGUCGCCAACAUCCCCGGCGAGGCCUCUACCGCUGCCGCCAUCUUCGGUGGCAAGCCCACCGCCCGCGUCGUUGGCAUCGCCAAGAGCUUCGACCGCUUCAACACGGGCAUGCGCGUGGAGGGAAACAUCAAGCGUGUCGAGUACCUUCGCGGCCUGGCCCACAUCCACCACGUCAUGCGCGAGCACGGUACCCGCUACGGCUUCAUCCUCACCGAGAUUGAGCUCGUCAUUGUCCGCAACGGUGCCGAGAAGACUCCUCACUUUGGCUAUCUCGAGGUCGCCAGCGUCCAGUUGACUGCUGCCCAAGGUGACGAGGAAGAGGCCCCCCUCACGGCAUGCCUCGCUCUCUGGGGUCUGUGCCGCAUGGCUGGCGACGAGCCCUCUGCCGCCGAGCACAUUCACUGGAAGGCCGAGAUUGGCGCUCCGGCCGAGGGCACGCGGCGCAAGGCCCUGCCCCGGGACGACUGGAUGCCUCAGCCACAGCUGGCCGAGAAGCGCGAGGCCAAGCGUGCCCGCGGCUGGGUCAUGCCUGAAGACGCUGUUGGCCGCAAGGAGCUCGGCAAGCGUGGUGUGCGGUACGGCGCAUGCUGAAAAAAGGUCUCUUCGAAUGGUGAAAAAAAACAAGAGCCAAUGCAGGAUCGUGGCACGGUGAUGCGAGCUGGUUCUCCGUCACCUGUGCGCGACUGCUUUAAUGACAAGACAUGCGCCAUGACCUUACGACGAAGACAAAAAUGACGAGGACCUGUAACGAUGCACGCUUUAACGAGAAAAAAAGAAAACGAAACAAUUAGGACAAGCCAGGAAAGGCAGGCGGGCGACAUUUUACUUCUUUUUAGACUUCUUCACGAGUUCAGGCUUGACAACAUCAUAUAUCAUCAUGGACUGCCUUCUGCAGGGCUACCCAUGCUUUUUUCCAGUAAUAUAUAUUCUUUGCUCAAAA